AUGGGCCAAACCUGUACCACCGUUCAGGUUGAGACUGGAGAGAGGUCACAACUCACCGGUUACAAUCCCGCCCCCGAAUUCUGCUCGAAUUUCCAAGUCGGACAGCACUUAUGCUGCUCAGAGCUCGAUCAGCAUGUCUGCUGCUCCAAGGGAGACUUGCCCGACUUCUCCCCGCAGCCCAACCCGGACGGUUCAUGCCAUACCUACACUGUUCAGGCCAACGACAAUUGUUGGGAUAUUGCAGCGGCUUACUACAUUACACAGCAGCAAAUCAAUGACUUCAACCAGAACACAUGGGGCUGGGCGGGUUGUGCCAACCUCAUGCUGGAUGCCAAGAUCUGCCUUUCAACAGGUUCACCGCCCAUGCCAGCCCCAUUUGCCAACGCCAUUUGCGGACCCCAGGUUCCCGGGACCCUCAAGCCCGCCAACAUGAACGACCUUGCGACCCUCAACCCAUGUCCCCUCAACGCUUGCUGCAACGUCUGGGGACAAUGUGGUAUCGACGAAAACUUCUGCAUCCCAAGUCCAGUCCCUGGAGGUGGACCCGGCACGGCCACACCAGGAUCAAACGGUUGUAUCGCCAGUUGCGGUAUGGACAUCGUCGGAGACACUACUCCUCCUGCAGAGUUUAAGCGGAUUGCUUACUGGGAGGCAUGGAAUGCAAACCGUCCUUGUCUUCACAUGCCUGCGAACAGAAUCGACACCAACUACUACACCCACGUCCACUUCGCCUUUGGUGAUAUCACCCCCGGCUUCCAAGUCGACGUCAGCAAUCUCCAGGGACCUUACAACGAUUUCAAGGCCCUGACGGGUGUGAAACGUAUCAUAAGUUUUGGCGGUUGGAGCUUCUCAACAUCACACGACACCUAUGCCAUCUUCCGAUCUGGUGUCACUCCAGCUCAACGAUACGCUUUUGCUCAGGAUGUCGUCAAUUUCAUCAUCAACGAAGGCCUCGACGGCGUCGACUUCGACUGGGAAUAUCCCUCCGCCCCAGACCUCCCCGACAUCCCCCCGGCCAACCCCACCGACGGCCAGGACUACCUCUCCUUCCUCCAAACUGUCCGCUCUUUGCUGCCAAGCCACCUCAGCAUCAGCAUCGCAGCCCCUUCCUCGUUUUGGUAUCUGAAAGGCUUUCCCAUAGAUGAGAUCGCCGAUGUGGUUGACUACAUAGUAUACAUGACCUACGACCUCCACGGCCAAUGGGACUACAACAGCCCCUGGUCCUCCCCGGGUUGUCCCACCGGCAACUGCCUCAGGCACCACACCAACAAGACCGAAACCCUCACCUCCCUCGCCAUGAUCACCAAGGCGGGCGUCCCCUCGUCCAAAAUCAUCAUCGGCAUGGCGUUGUACGGACGCACGGUGAAGAUGAGCAUACCGGGGUGUUGGGGACCGGAUUGUUAUUUUACCGGUCCGGCAUCGGGGGCUGAGCCGGGGAGGUGUACAGCUGAAGCUGGGUAUCUGUCCAACUGGGAGAUUGAGGAGAUCAUCAAGAGUGAUCCGAGUGCUUUUCGGUAUAGUGAUGAGCAUGGGGAUAUUUUGGUGUAUGGGGAGGGUCAGUGGGUGAGUUGGAUGUCGAGGGGGAGUUAUGAGGCUAGGGUGGGGUGGGUGAGGGGGUUCAAUAUGGGGGGGACAAGUGAUUGGGCGGUGGAUUUGGGUGAGGAUUGGGGGGAGGGGGCUUUCGAGCCUGGUGAUCCGUCCUGGCUCACCACGCUCACCAGCGAGCCUGGUGAUCCGUCCUGGCUCACCACGCUCACCAGCGAGCCUGGUGAUCCGUCCUGGCUCACCACGCUCACCAGUGAGCCAGAGAAACGUUACCGCAAUACUACUCGCGAACGAACAGUUCUUUCUGAUUCGAUUGAACAGGACGGUAUCGAAAUCAUGCCUUGCUCCCGCUACUGGCGCGCGAAGCCCCAAGGGCGCUGUAUCAUGAAAGAGGGGUCGAACCGCUGCUCGAACUGCGUUCGAGCAGGCAAGCCGUGUAACGGUCCUAACGUGGCCGACUCCCUAAUAAAGAACUUGUCGGAACAGAAGAAGAUUGAUGACGAGAUAGCCGCAAAAGAGAACUUGCUGGCCGAGACGUUAAGUGCCUUGACUCGCCUGCGUAAGCAGCGUGCGUCGAUGCGUGACUGGGGUUCCGAGCUCUUCCGUCGAGGCAUGGAGUCUCUGGACGAGGCCGAUGGCGUAUCGUCUCCUACAGACCCUUCCCAAGAGCAGUGUCUUGUUGGUCGGGCUCAGUCAAUGGGUACCUUUGGAGUGGUGGAUUGGGAGGCGGUUGAGGUCGCUCCCUCAGAUCCUGGCAUGGCCCCUAACUCCCCCGCUGGCCUUAACUGGCCGCCUGACCUUUCCUUGGAUCCGGGCACGGCCGGUCCUUCCUUCCUCGCCGCGCCAGAUGCCGCCGAUGGCGCGCCUCCCACUUCCCAAGGUGCCUGA